CAGUUCGUUGAGAUGAGAGUCUUGUUGGCGGCGGUGGGAAGGAACGAACCGGAGCCGGGAGGAAUGGGAAAGCGCGGGAAGAAGCAGAGCCACCAACGACACACUCCUCGAACUUUCUUUGACGCUUCAGAAGACGAAGAAGAAAUCGUUGCCAGAACUCUUCCUUCCUCAUCUGAAGAAGAACCAGAAGAACAAGAACAAGAAAAAGAGGACGGACAACAAGUGGGAAAUGAUCAAAAGGAGUACUCAUUCGACUCCCCUUCUAAGUUUCUCCUCUAUCAACAGUCUGUGCAGUCACCAAAAGGAGACAUAAGCUAUCUCCAGAAGUUCUUCCUGAUGUAUGUUGGCGGGAGGGCUCCACUUCAUCUCCAAGAAGAUUUCUGUGGCACUGCUCUCCUGUGUACAGAGUGGCUCCGCAGUGACACAAGAAGAACUGCUAUUGGACUUGAUUUGGAUCUUGAAGCACUUAACUGGUGUCUGGAGAACAAUAUAAGCAAGAUCGGGGCUGAUGGAUAUUCUAGAAUAUCCUUGUACCACGGGAAUGUCUUGCAGCCUAUGGCGGCUAGAUUAGUCAAGUACAAACCCCAAGAUCUAAUAAGAAACAUCACACUUAAUGACCACAAAGAGUCUUCAGAGGAUGUCAUUCCGGAAUCUUCUACAAAUAUGGAUGGUCAUGCUUCUGCUGAUGAUGAGCUUGCAAAAAGGAACAGUUCACUGCCUGCAAGAGACAUUGUCUGUGCCUUCAACUACAGCUGCUGUUGCCUUCAUAAGCGUGCAGACCUGGUUUUGUAUUUUAAGCAUGUUCUUGGUACCUUAUCUAGAAGAGGUGGUAUAUUUGUGAUGGACAUAUAUGGAGGUAUAUCAUCAGAGCGUGAACUAAGGCUUCAGAGGCGAUUUCCAAACUUUACAUAUUUUUGGGAGCAAGCUGAGUUUGAUAUUAUAAAUCGCACAACAAGAAUCAGUCUGCACUUUCACCUACGAAAUCAACAGAGGAAACUUCGCCAUGCAUUUUCAUAUAACUGGAGGCUGUGGUCAUUGCCUGAAAUCAAGGACUGCUUGGAAGAAGCUGGAUUCCGGUCUGUGCAUUUCUGGAUUAAGCAGAUGCCAGACACACAAGUUAGAAACUCUGAAGGGUUUGGCUCAGGGCGAGAUUUGAAGUACGAAGAAGUCUCAACAUUUCAACAACAAGAUGCAUGGAAUGCAUACAUCAUCGGCGUCGCGAAGUGAAUGUAUCAGUUCCCAUUGUUUUCUGUUGUAGCAACCACGAACUAUAUAUUGAGAAAUGCAUACGUUAAUAAUUGUUAGCUUUGAAGGCUUCUGAGAAAAUGAGGCUGAGGCACCCAGAGUCCCAUCUAGGGGACGAUGAUGCAGCAGUUAAUUUGGUCGACAAUUAAUCUUUCUUCAGUUCCUUGACAGGAGACUAUUGUGACGUGAAGGUCAUUGGCAACGAGAAAGCUUGUAAAGGAUUUGAUUGGUGCAUGGUUCAAAGCAUUGACCCGCGCAAUACGCAAUUUUUUGCAUAUUGAUUCAAAGGGGUGAUACAUAUAUGGAUUAAAAUUGUUUCAA